AAACUAAAGAGGAGAGGCGGAGGCGGAGGCGGAUGAAGAGAGGGUCGAUUUGCUUGGAAGUGAACUCACGUCGGCAAAUGGCAUGCGGAAAAAAUCUGCGUCAACAUGAUUAUACCUGUUUGUUGCCAUUUUAAAGCUAACCAUUUGCAGGUUUCUCGUGACGGCUCACAGGCUUUCAACCUACUUACCAUCGCUGCUACUUCGACUGCCAUCAUCGUCUUCACGCGUUUCCUCACUCCGGAGUCUGGACUUUGACCUUCUUUUUUCACCUAACCACAAGGCAUGUGAUCACCUUCAUUCAAGUUUUUUUUCUCCCAAGAAGAAUCUCUGGUGAAUUAUCUGGGGUUUUAAGUUCUGGGCUGGUACGGCAAUGGAUUCUUGCUGUGCGAAAGUGAAGGGCAAUGUACAUCCGGUGCCAGUUAGAAACAGAGGUGUUGGUAAAGUAGGUAGUGGGUUUUGGGGGGAGAGGAUUGGGACCAGUUUGUGGAGCAGUAGUUUCAGCAAUCGACAAUGGAGGAGCUUGAGAAAGGAAAGAAAGGCCAAAACGAUUAAUCGCGCUGUUCUUACACCGGAUGUUGACCAAGAGAAUCUGAUAUUUGAAGGACCAGUUUUUGAGAAACAACAUGCCGACCCAAGUAGCGUGGCUGCAAUCAUACUGGGUGGAGGUGCUGGGACUCGAUUAUUUCCUCUUACCAGUAGAAGGGCGAAACCAGCUGUUCCAAUUGGAGGUUGUUACAGGCUUAUUGAUGUCCCUAUGAGUAAUUGCAUCAACAGUGGCAUAAGAAAGAUAUUCAUCUUGACACAGUUCAAUUCUGCAUCCCUCAAUAGGCAUAUUGCUCGCAUAUAUAAUUUUGGAAACGGGGUGAAUUUUGGAGAUGGAUUUGUGGAGGUUCUGGCUGCCACUCAAACACCAGGGGAAGCAGGACAGAAGUGGUUCCAAGGAACAGCAGAUGCUGUGAGGCAAUUUAUAUGGGUUUUUGAGGAUGCUAAGAACAAGAAUGUGGAGCAUAUAUUGAUCUUGUCUGGUGAUCAUCUUUAUAGGAUGGACUAUAUGGAUUUUGUGCAGAAGCAUAUUGACACGAAUGCUGAUAUUACAGUUUCAUGUGUUCCCAUGGAUGACAGCCGUGCGUCAGACUAUGGAUUGAUGAAGAUUGACAAUACAGGACGAAUCAUCCAAUUUUCUGAAAAACCAAAGGGCCCCAAUCUGAAAGCAAUGAAAGUUAAUACCACCCUCCUAGGUCUUUCUGAGAAGGAAGCAGAGAAGUAUCCUUAUAUUGCAUCAAUGGGUGUAUAUGUAUUUAGAACUGAUGUCCUGCUAAAGCUUUUAACACGGAAGUACCUAUCAUGCAAUGACUUUGGCUCUGAAAUCAUUCCUUUGGCUGUGAAAGACCACAAUGUUCAAGCAUACUUAUUCAAUGACUAUUGGGAGGACAUUGGAACAAUAAAAUCUUUCUUUGAUGCCAACUUGGCUCUUACAGAACAGCCUCCAAAGUUUGAAUUUUAUGAUCCAAAGACUCCCUUUUACACAUCUCCUAGGUUCUUGCCUCCUACUAAAGUUGAAGAAUGCAGGAUUUUGGAUGCAAUUAUUUCACAUGGUUGUUUCUUGCGGGAAUGUAGCGUCCAACGCUCAAUAGUUGGUGUGCGCUCACGUUUGGAGUAUGGUGUUGAGCUUAAGGAUACUAUGAUGAUGGGUGCAGACUAUUAUCAAACUGAAUCUGAAAUUGCGUCUCUGCUAGCAGAAGGAAAGGUUCCAAUUGGUGUUGGACAGAACACCAGAAUCAGGAACUGCAUAAUUGACAAGAAUGCCAAGAUAGGAAGAGACGUGGUCAUUGCAAAUGCAGAUGGUGUUCAAGAAGCGGACAGGCCAAGUGAAGGAUUCUAUAUUAGAUCCGGGAUCACAGUUAUCCUGAAGAAUGCAACAAUUAAUGAUGGAACCAUCAUUUAAAACCUUGAAGCAGUACCACGGAAUCAUUGUUCAAGUUGAGCAGUCAUAAAGCUAAGAGAGCAGGCGGUCCGCUGCUUUAACUUGUCUGCCAUGAGAAACUACAAAUGGGAUAUUUGAAGUGAAGUUCCGCUGAUAAAAAGGAGCCUUGCAAAGAUAGCUAGUUGAGAAUAGUUCCCAAUAAAUAAAGGGCUCUUUUGCUUUAUUGAUUUGUAGUCCAUUUGGUAGUGAGGACAAUGUUACAGCCAAGUACAUGGUAGACUGGGCUCAAAACACAAGUAGAUAAGAAUUACCUUUAAAUUACACAUAGAUGUAUCUAUGAAAAUCACGUUAUCUUA